AUGGAUCGGACGCUGCGUCGCCAAUCGACCACCCCUUCCACCCGAUCUUCCUUCACAAAGCCACACCGCCCAAAUAGACCUGCGCUGCCGGCGAGGCUUGCUCCUCCCAUCGCCGGUCGUUACAUCUUCAAAGAUCAAGCACCAGUCUCUAUUGAUGUUCCGCUUCCAACAUCGGCAACCAUAGCCGACGAACCAUCUGUCAUAGCCGACGACCUUCAAACACGAUCCAGCAGACCAGUCCCAUUGGAAAGACGGAAUCCGAACAACGCCUUUUUCCACCUGCUGCUUUGA